AUCGCACUGAACACUCGCGCGAUCGUACACGGAUAACACGAUCAGUCGGCCCCUGGAAUCACUUCCGGGACACGUGAAAAGCUAAACAGCUCAUGACACAACACAUGGGUUGAAGUUGACAGGGGCCCGGCUAUCGAGGUACUAGUCUGGAGAUGACUGUGAAUAAGCUCUGAUAAAAUAAGACAGUUGAAAGUUGGAGGGUCACUCGAUUCCAAAACGUCAUAGUCAUGGCAUCUGCUCAGAAUGAGGUCAAGACUGAUGUGCUAAAACUACACACGGCAACAGCUCAUGACUGGGAAACAGAUAAAAACAGAAAGAAAGAUAUCUUUGAUGAUGGAACAAUGUCAUUUUUCUGGCGAGCCCACACUCUCACAGUACUGGUCCUGUUCGCCUGCUGUCUGCUGUACAUUGCACUGUUUGAGGAACAGGUGAAUGACUCGGAAUACAACAGUAAAAGAGGAGUAGUUGCCAUGGUGCUAGCUUUCUUGUUGUUUGGAGUAACUCAAACACCUGAUGGCCCAUUCAGGAGACCCCACCCAGCAUUCUGGAGAUUGGUGCUUUGUGUGAGCAUUGUAUAUGAACUUUUCCUUGUCUACCUACUUUUCCAGUCCACUAAUGAUGCCCGCCAGCUGCUUACACACUUUGAUGACAGACUCGGGAGGAAGAUGCCCGAGAAAGCAUAUGGAGGAAAUUGUUACAUUUAUGAUCCUGAUCAUUCCGACCCAUUUCACAACUUGUGGGAUAAAUUAGAUGGAUUUGUUCCUACACAUUUCUUUGGAUGGUGGGCAAAGACAUUAAUCCUGAGAGACUGGUGGCUGUGUACAGUACUGAGUAUCAUGUUCGAGUUACUCGAGUAUACCCUGGAACAUCAGCUUCCCAACUUUAGCGAGUGCUGGUGGGACCAUUGGAUUAUGGAUGCCCUGGUGUGUAAUGGUCUGGGAAUCUACCUUGGUAUGAAGACGCUCAACUACCUGUCUAUGAAACCUUACCAUUGGAGAGGCAUGUGGAACAUACCCACGUAUAGUGGGAAGAUAAAGAGAGUUGCACUCCAGUUCACGCCAUACAGCUGGACAGACUUCGACUGGAAGCCCCUAUCCAGCCUCAAACGCUGGUUUGCCAUGUUAGGAGUCAUUGCCAUUUUCCUACUGGCUGAACUAAACACCUUCUACCUGAAGUUUGUGCUGUGGAUUCCACCAGAACAUUACCUAAAUCUUACACGCCUUGCCCUCUUUUUGUUUAUGGGUGCAGCUGCACUGCGGGAGACAUUUCAGUACCUAGAUGACCCGGCCUGUAAGAAGUUUGGGCGCCAGUCCUGGCUUAUAGCAGCCAUUAUCAUCACUGAAGCACUUAUUAGUGUAAAGUUUGACUGGCAGACCAUCAGUAAACCCCUGCCAACCCAUGUCACUCUCCUCUGGAUAUUCGGUCUGCUGGGCCUGGUUCUUCUGACCGUGUGGAAAUUCUAUAUUUACCGUGACGUCAAAAGUGAUGUGCCUUUAUCAAAACACUCAUCCGAAGGUUCCAUCAACUGCCAUGAAAAUAGUUACUCUAAAUUAUCAAACAAACAAAAGAAUGGUCUAGAUGUUAGGCAGCGUUUUCAAACCUCCUGAUAUUUGUAUAUUACAUAUUGAAAGACACACUUCAGAGGUCAAACCAUAUUGUGCGGAUGCCAUGUUAUCAGAGGACACACCUGAUUUGGUGUUGACAGAGGACACAAAUGAUAGUUGACAGAGCUUACAUCUAAUUGGCUAGUUGUGGGCAAACUUGAUUGGAUGCUGGAAUAGGUUACGCCCGAUUGGUUGUUGGCAAAACUCCCACUUCAUUGGUUAUUGACAAAGCUAACAUCUGAUUGGUUGUUAACAGAGAUCACAUCUUACUGAUUGUUGACAAAACUCGCAUCUGAUUGGUUGUUGACAGAGCUCACAUCUGAUUUGGUUUGAUGUUGACAGAGCUCACAUCUGAUUGGUUGUUGACAGAGACAGAACCUGAUUGAGUGGUGAAAGAGGUUAAAUCUGAUUGGUUGUUGACAAACUCACAACUGAUUGGGUGCUGAUGUGUGGUGAUAGACAUUUGAUUUGACACUAGAUGAAUAUGUAGUGAACGAGCUCCCUUGACAACAUUUCUUUUUGAUAAGCCUCUGACUUGCUCAACUUAGCUUGUUAAGCCUCUGAUUUGCUCAAUUAUAGCUACAUAGAGUUUUCACCGAUGAUAAAACUUUUAAUCUAAUUUUUUUCAUGUUCAAAAAGCAAGUCAUAUUGAACAUUAACAGAUAUAUUUAAUACGCACUAAAAUCACUCACUGUAACUCAGAUAUAUAAACUCAUUCAUUUACUUCUGUGAGAAAGUAGCAUUACAACAGACAAUCAGAUAAUCCUUACCUUAUGAAUACCCAAAGUGUCAAUGUUUAUAUUUCAAUGAUUACUACAUGUAUGCAUUGUCUAUAUGUCUAUAUAGUGUUUUAUAUCAAAAUCCUGUUUACUUUAUGUAACAGGUUAAAUAUUGUGCCUUCUUUAUUUUUACUCCCAGUUGUCUACAAAGCGUGCUGAUGUAUUGUUAUGACUAAUUAUAUACAUAUUUUUAGCUUUUGCUUUUUUUAACUUCCUACAAGGAUUUACUUUUGUCAUUACAAGGUUUUCCACCAGUGUCAAGUUUUCAAUAUACGUGAUGUCAUCUUUUAUUGGUAUGACCGACGUAUUCCGUUAUCACUCACUCAGUUAAUCAAUCAAGAAUAUCUUGUAAUUACUGUUUCAGUCAAUAUUAAAUUACUGUAAACAAAGACUUCAUUGAUAUGCACACUGCUGCUACCAACUGUUUAGAUUCCUGUUGUUGGGGAAAUAGAAACUAGUCUGUCAAUUUAUUAUCCUCUUUGAACAUACAGUAAGUCUGUACACCAUGAGAUUUACUUCAGGGUUAAUUCUAAUUUCCCAAGUUGAAAAUAAUAUUAUCAAACAUUAUAGAGUCCCAGGAAGUUGAUAUUUGGUCUGUAGCAUGCUUAGGGUGAAGGGCUACCAAGUUAGUUCAAAUGAAUGACAUUGGCCUUCAUUCAAGAUCACAGUGGUCAAAUAU